CCAGCCCACUCCUCUAUAAAGCCCUCAGAGGCCAGAAGCAGGCAGAGUCCAGCCAGGAUGGAAAGGAGACGCAUCACCUCAGCAGCCCGUCGCUCCUAUGUCUCCUCAGAGACAGUGGUGGGGGGCCUAGGUACCAGCCGCCGACUGGGGUCUGGCUCCCGCCUCUCCCUGGCUCGAAUGCCCCCUCCACUCCCGGCCCGGGUGGACUUCUCCCUGGCUGGUGCACUCAACGCUGGCUUCAAGGAGACCCGGGCCAGUGAGCGAGCUGAGAUGAUGGAGCUCAACGACCGCUUUGCCAGCUACAUCGAGAAGGUCCGCUUCCUGGAGCAGCAGAAUAAGGCGCUGGCUGCCGAGCUGAACCAGCUGCGGUCCAAGGAGCCCACCAAGCUGGCCGACGUCUACCAGGCUGAGCUGCGGGAGCUGAGGCUGAGGCUCGAUCAGCUCACUGCCAACAACGCCCGGCUCGAGGUGGAGAGGGACAACCUGGCCCAAGACCUGGGCACCUUGAGGCAGAAGCUCCAGGAUGAAACCAACUUGAGACUGGAGGCAGAGAACAACUUGGCCAUCUACCGACAGGAGGCAGAUGAAGCUACCUUAGCUCGCUUAGACUUGGAGAGGAAGAUUGAAUCUCUAGAGGAGGAGAUCCGGUUCCUGAGGAAGAUCCAUGAGGAGGAGGUGCAGGAGCUUCAGGAGCAGCUGGCCCGGCAGCAGGUCCACGUGGAGCUGGAUGUGGCCAAGCCAGACCUUACAGCAGCCCUGAGAGAGAUCCGCACACAGUAUGAGGCAGUAGCAUCCAGCAACAUGCACGAGGCAGAGGAGUGGUACCGGUCAAAGUUUGCAGAUUUGACUGACGCUGCUUCCCGGAACGCGGAGCUGCUCCGCCAGGCCAAGCACGAGGCCAAUGACUACCGGCGCCAACUGCAGGCCGCCACCUGCGACCUGGAGUCCUUGCGUGGCACGAACGAGUCCCUGGAGAGGCAGAUGCGGGAGCAGGAGGAGCGCCACGCGCGGGAGGUGGCGAGUUACCAGGAGGCGCUGGGCCGCCUGGAGCAGGAGGGGCAGAGUCUCAAGGACGAGAUGGCCCGCCACCUGCAGGAGUACCAGGAGCUGCUCAACGUUAAACUGGCCCUGGACAUCGAGAUCGCCACCUACCGGAAGCUACUGGAGGGCGAGGAGAACCGCAUCACCAUUCCGGUGCAGACCUUCUCCAACUUGCAGAUCCGAGAAACCAGCCUGGAUACCAAGUCUGUGUCUGAAGGCCACCUCAAGAGGAACAUUGUGGUGAAGACUGUGGAGAUGCGGGAUGGAGAGGUCAUCAAGGAGUCCAAACAGGAACACAAGGAAGUGAUGUAA